ACCGUUAGAUAACACUAAAAAUCAUAUAGAUGGCAUUGUAAAUCUUAUCAGUUAUUAAAAUUUGAUAAAUAUUUGUGAGACAUUAAAUGAUAUUGGAUCAUAUUUGAUAAAACGUAUAAAUAUAAAAAUGUACCAUAGUAAACGUAAAUUUCAUCUUUUGUUUGGAAUUUCUGCAAGCGUAACAGUAUAUUGUAUUAAUCUUAUGCCACAUACAAUAUUCCUUAAUAAAUUGGAGGAAACUGUUGCCUUUUAUCGUCAUGGCAUAAGGGUACGUAUAAAUAAUGAAAUGAAAGAACUAUGUAAAGAGGUAAUGAAUGACUUACAAUUACCGGAAAGUACGCAAUCACUUAUAAAACCAUUUCACGUAUUUGGUUUCCAACCCUUUCAUGCUGGAACAUUAAAUAAAACUUUUGGAGGAAUUAUUGGUAUUCCCAUUAAUUUCUUAUAUAAAGAGCCCGCUGAUGCAGCAGUUGAAAAAUUAAUUAUAAAUAAUAAAGAAUUUAAUAAAAUGAGAAGGGAAGCUGACAAUUUAUAUGAUAGUCUUAUAAUUUCAAAAGACGCGAAAAAAUAUGUGAUAGCCCGUGAAAUAUCAAAGAUAAUAGAUAACGGGGUAUAUGUAUCGGGAGGUGGUUUAUCUUGUAUCAUCUUUAUAAUGACAUCAAUUUAUAGUAAUUUAGUUCAUAAAUUUAAUAUAUAUGAGAAGAAAGCAUCGUACCGUCGUACGUUGUAUGUAUUUUUUAUAUUAAUUGGCUUCGUUUUAUGGUUAGUGUUUAAAGAUGUUGCUCAUAAUCGUAUUGAAAAUAACAUAGAUGAAAAAAUAGCUAAAUUAGGCUUAAAUUAUAUUAACGGAGGAAAGGAAUAUUACGAAAAAGAACUUCAGAAAAAUAUUGCAUUGAGAUCACUUAUGGAAGAGGAUGGUAAAAAACAAUAUAAUGCCGAUGGAAAUGAAAAGCACUUUUGGAUGCAUUUAUCAAUUUCUCUUUCCGAAAGGAAAAGAUUUUUUGAGUCUAAACUUUAAAAUAGUCGAUGUGUUAUAUGAUAUUAAAUGAAUCAUACAUCUAG